AUGAUUUUAUAUUUUAGCACAUAUAUCUUAUUUCCGAUUGUUUUUGUGAGAGUUUUAGCUUACACAGAUGACUUGAUCGACAUAACAUUUGGUCAACGAGAUUCUACCUUUCUAAUCAGUGACAAUCAAAGCCUUAAAUAUAAUUCUUCAACAUUUUUCGCAUCAGCAAGCAACCUGGACCGUUAUGAGAUCGAUGCAUCGAUAGGAUUUUUGCACAGUUCUUUAACUGUCUUGGGUGAUAAGCUGAUCAAAAAUUCAAAAUUUCAUGUGACUGUACAUAGUUUUGAUAUGGAGAUAAGCGAAGAGACAAAAACGUUGCACUUUCUAUGUCAUGCAGUCUACUAUGGUAAAGUCAGUGAAUUAUCAUUUGAAUCGAGCAGUAUGUGUUGCAUUAUAUCCAUAAAUGCUUCGUACUUUAACGAGUUGACAUCUUGUGUUCUGGUCAUCGACCGUGUUAGUGAAAACUGGAUAUGCCAUGCAUCAAUUCAACUUCCACCAGCUCUUUGGAAGCAGAACCAGUCGCCAGAAGUUACUCUUGCAUAUGCGUCAACGGGUUUUAUUUCGAAUCCGGAUAACGUCAAACAACAACAUGAUAAUCAUGAUAAUUUUAAGCGCUGUCACCUGUCACUAAAUCACGUCAAGUUAUCGUUUGUUUCUAUCCCAUCAGUUAACAUUGCACAUACAGUCCCAGAUGCUAUUCGUGAAUUAGGAAGAAGUUUAUUGUUACAGAUCCCGAGGAGGGAAUUAAAAACAAAUGAGGAAUUUUUGGUAACUGUUCGUCUGAAACGUUUUGACGAUGUUUCGGAUUUUACUUUGAGAUGUGAAAUACCAUCCAAUACUUAUGUUGAAUUUGUUCGUGUAAUCUGGCCAGCUGGUGUAAAUUCAAUAAUAUCUCCUUCAUCGUCACCAUCAUUAUCCUCGCCAGUAUCUUUAUCAUCAACAACUAAUGGUGAUACAAGUUCUUCCGUAGAAGUUGAAGAAUUCUUUGAUACUCAAACAGGAUCAACUAGUAGAUCUUCUGAAAGAAAUGACAAAAGAUCACAUAAUAUGUGGGAUGUGUUCCAUAGAAGUGUAAUCAGUUCAAAACGUAAUGUAACUGAAAUUGUUGCUCGUUUCAGAGAAGAUUUAGUUACAUCUAAUCCAUCUUCAAAAUACAGUUCAGCAACUGAAGUGUACAAAUUACAAUUUCGUGUUAACAAACCUCAGUCUAAUUCACCUGGACGUGUUGCACCAAGAAUAUUUUGGAGUUUAGUUAGUUUAAGUCGACGAAAUUCCCCAGAUCAUUCGAUUAGUGCAAGUCCAGUUGUGACAAGAUUGAAUAUUGAACCGUCUGAAUUCAAACACAUAACAAUGGUGUUAAAAACAUCGGCAUUGGUAAAUCUUGCAGUUUUAACUGGACAACCAACUAUUUAUCCUGUAUGGGUAUAUGGAUUAACACAUGAUUUAAAAUUAAUUGAUAUCACUAAUAAAGCAACAUGUCAUACUGGUGAUGAUGCUGUAAUACAUUUUGCACAAGAUAUUUGUUCAAAACUUGGAUUCUCUGGUGCAGAAUUAGAUGGUUCUCCAGGAUUACCAUUAGUAGCAAAAAUGGAUGGUCGUAGUGCUAGUGCAACAUUAUUAGUUUGGUAUCCAAAAUCACCUUCACUUAAAUUAAUUGUUGAAUCAAGUUCAACUAAUAGUUAUGAUUCUAUGAAUCAAGAUUCAUCAAAUCAUAUUACAAUAAAACGUCUUGCUACAGAAAUUGUUGCAGCACAUUCAAAUUUUCAUAAAUCUCCAUGGACAAAUCAAAUUAAUUCAACUGAAGCACCUCAAUUUUUUCAAUACUUUAGGAUACGUAUAAUGGCACGAUUUAUUUUAGCUAGUUCUGUUUUACAUGAUAAAGAUGUACUUGGUGGACGUAUUAAUCAAUAUGUUGAUGUCACUGAAUUUACAAUACAUCGUUUACGUUUAGAAUAUAUUCAUGAAAAUUUAAUCAAUAAUAAUAAUUUAUUAAAAAAUUCUAAUGAAAAUUAUUUAAUCAAUAUUAACCAAUCAAUCAAUAAUCAUUAUCAAUUACCAAUACGUUUAAUUAAAAUAGGUAAUCAUUAUAAUCAGAAAUUAACCAAUCAAUUAUCUUCUAAAUUAUCCUCAUCAUUAUCAUCAUUCAAUUCGAAUCAAUUUAUUAAACCAUUACGUGUAUGGAUUAUUGGACAAUAUAAUGGUAAUGUUAAAUUAUAUUUAUCACCAAUUAAUAGAAAUUUAUUAAAUACAUUUAUACCGCCAGGUUUAAUAAAACAAUUAAAAGAUCAUACAUCAAUACAAUUACAUAAUGAUAAUCAAUCAUUAUUAUUAAAAAAUGAUGAACAAUUUAAAGAGCCAAGUAUAACUGUUCAUGUUACAGAUGAAACAAGUAUAUGGCCCGUUGGAUUAUCUGCACAAUUAGUAACAGAUUUCUCUAUCUCUGUUAGUCAUUCAUCUGGUAUGGAUGAUACACAUCAAAGAACAAGUUCAACGUUAUCAUCUUCAAAUAGUAAUAAUAACAAUAAUAAUAAUAUUGAUAAUAAUAAUAAUAAUAAUGAUAAUUUAUUCUUAUCAUCAUCUACAGAACGUAUGCCAAUUCUAUCUGGCGUUUAUUCACUUAAAGUUGAAUUAAAAGGUAGUAAAUUAACUCAUAGUGGAUCAAUUAAUUCAGAAUUUAAUCAACCAAAUAUAAAUACACAUAGAAAAAUGUCAAUAUUAUCUAAUAAUAAUAAUAAUGAUAAUUAUCAUUUUAAUAAUAAAACAAAUCAAUUAAAUGCAAUUACAAUGGGUAAUCCUAUUGGAUUUCUUAUUGUAUGGAUACAUUUAUCUGAUGGUUCAUCUAUUUUAUGGAAUCGAAUGACUGAGAUUUAUGAACGACUUUAUGGAAAGGAUAAGAUUCCAAUGAGUUUAUCAAUUAAAAACUGUCGACCUGAUUUAUUCUGGAUUGAAACUAGUUCACCUGGAUUAGUAGAAAGAAAACAACGUUCUGUAAAAGGAGUAUCUCCAACUUCAACUAUUUUUUCAUCAGAAUCUUCUCAAAUUUUAUCGAAAUCUUCAUUUAUUCGACAAAAUAAUAAUCAAUUUCUUGGAUUAUCUCGUCGUUCAGUACGUAUGAAACCACAUUUACUUCGAACUGGUGAUCAUUCUAUAUUACGUAAUCAACAAACAUACAGUAAUAUGUUACGUAAUGGAAUCGUAAAGAAUAUAACAUUAAUUAAUGCAAGUAAUUAUUGGUCUGGUCCAAUAGUAUGGUUACUUCACAGAAAAAUCAAAUUUUCUGGUGAUAUAUUAGAAGUUGGGCUAACAUCACCAAGUGGAAAUCUUCUAGUUCCACAUGUUCGUAUUCGUGGUGAAAUAAUAACUCCUAAAAAUAGUUUAUCUAUGAAUGAAUACUUAGAAAGUAACGAUCAUUAUGAACUGAAUUCAAAAACUAUACAAGAAAGUAAGACCAAUCAAGGCAAUAUACAUGGUUCUAUGGCAUUUAAAGAUGCUCCUGGAUUUCAAAAACUGGAUUAUUAUCAUCCAAUGUAUUCAUCAUCAUCAUCAUCAUCAGCAGCAGCAGCAUUAUCAUCAUCAUCUUCGGAUAAAAUCUCUAAUUCACAAAACCCUCAGCUAUCUAAUACUGUUUCUAUAAAUUCUGAUGAUAUUAAUGUAGACGAUAGAUUGUCUAUUUUAUCUGAUGUUGGUGGUGGAAAUACUAAUCAUGUAGAAAAUAAAGAAUUAAUACAAGACAGUAAAAAUAAACCAUCCAUUAAUCCCAGGAGUGGUAGUCGUAACAGUAACAGUGGUUACAAUGGUAUUAAUGGAAAUAAUGACAGGGCUAACGAUGCAAAAACUAGUUCAAGACCCGCAUUAGAAAUGAGUAUGUAUAUUUUACUUGGUCUAUUUGCUGUAGUUGGACUUGUAUUUGCUGUCAAUUGUGGAGUUGUUGUUGUACGUUAUCGUUGGGAGAAGAUGAAUAUGGAUAAUACUGACGGUAUUGACACUGCUACUCGUAAUGGCAGCUGUAGUAUUUCUAGUGGUUGUGUUAGAGGAAAAUAUAAUAAAUCACUUAAUGAUGAUAACAAUCACUCUCAAUCUUUAACAUUUACUGACCCAGUAUCCAAUAAUAAUGAGGUGACAGAUCAUAAUCAAUUAAUAUCGGCUAUUUCUACUUCACCAAAGUAUAAUUGGAAAAACCAUCCAAAAAGUGAUGCUGAUAAUCAUGACAAACUAUUGCCAAAUAAUAUUAAUAGUCAUAACAAUAAUAAAGAACGGAAACGCACUAAACGAUCUGCUUCAUCAGUGUUUGGCAGUCGUCAAAAACACAAGCCAUUGUUACAUCGUGAUUCAAGUUGGGUAUGGGUUGGUCGUCAACAUGUUAUUAGUGAACAAAAUGAAACUGAUAAAUUAGACGAAAACUCAAAUCCUCAUCACCAUCACCAUAGUCAGCUCAUUGGUUAUAAUUCGGAAUUAACUAAUUUUAACAUAACAGCACCAACUUCUACUACUACUAAUAUUAUUAAUAAUGGUAGUAGCAUUGGUGUACCAAAAAUAGAUGCCAGUUUAUCUCAUUCACAUAAACGUCCAGUGCAAUUUAAUGGGAUGAAGAAAAAUUCUACAACUGCUGUAUUAUCAGUUGGUGAAGCUGAUUUGUUAUUAUUACAGUCACCAUAUCGUGAAAGUGUAUGGCAAGAUACUUUACGUUCGGACACUAUAGAAUCAGAUUCACGUUUCUUAUAUGUAACACGUGAUAAUCUUACACAACAAUUUGGAUAUACAGAAGAAACACAACCUAAUUCAUUUUUGUAUAACCGAUUGUCUAUACCUGCCAGUAAUGCACCUAAGAAUGAGUGUCAGACACUUGGUCGUCACUUGAAACGUCAUACAACAGCAUUUACGCAGCGCAAUUAUCAGGGUCAAGAAUGUAGUAUCAGAAUAAUUAGUAAUCCAAUGUCAAGUAAGAAGCAACAUCAUCAUGUGCAACAAGAACUAACUCAACAAUUCCUUAAUCCACAACUUUUCCUAUCAGAUUAUUCUCCAGAAAAUAUGAAAUAUAUCAAUCAACAAAGUAAUAAUAAUAAUAAUACAUUAACAAACUCUGUAAUAAUUAGUGAAUCCUGGUUAAACAACUCAAACCCAUUGAUGAUGUUAAAUGGAAGUUCUAGUGCGUCAUUACAUCGUAAACAAAUAUCACCAGUUUAUUUACAUGAUGAACGUACUACCGCAGUAUUAUGUAGUGAUCUGUUAAAUCACAAUGAUAUUACACUAUCAACUAUGAAUAAAUCGAAAAACAUUACAACUAUAAAAAAUUCACCUGUGAUCUCAUCACCAACUAAUCGACAUCAAUCUACUUGUCAAAUGUUAUCACCUCUACCUAUGUGUCUAUCACAGGUUUGUAAUGAUGAAUCAAGUUUGACUACAUCUUCCCAACAUCAACAUUAUCAGAGUAAUGUUAAUCAAGAUUGGAUGAUUUCAGGUUACCGUAAACAACCUUUAUUAAAUACAGAUGAUAUACAUCAUAAAGAUUUUUUAGAACAUAAUAAUAGUAAUAAUCAAUCUACAAUAGACAGACAAGAUUGUACAACAAUAGAAAUGUUAAAUGUUUCUUCACCUAUAUGUCCAUUGAACUCUCCAUGGCAAAUAAGAAAAACAUUAGAGAAAUCUUUGAAACGGAAUCAAUCCGAUUGUUGUUCAACUAAUCAACAAUGUGAAUUACACAGUCCAUUAAUAGAUCAUACCAAUAUCCAUGAAAAUCAGUUACAACUUAAUGAAGUAUUAGAAUUAAAUGAAACUAGUUCAUUUAGUCAAAGUCCACCAAAUCCUCCAAUAAGAACUACAAGUCGUGGAGCUAUUACUUAUCAUACACUUGGUCAUAUAACAAGACAUAAUAAUAAUAAUAAUACAAAUAAUCAACAUCCACGUCCACUUAGUUUGCCUCAAAGUUUCCAUGUAACAAAUGAAUUGUAUUCAGCCUUAUGUCAAACUGAUUCUUCUAAAGAAUGUGUAAAACUUUUAACUGAAAAUAUUUAUAAAAAGCACAAAACUAAACAAAAUAACAUCGAUACUAUUAAUAACAAUAAUAAUAACACAUCAGAAAUUUGUCAAGAUUGUCUUAUCUCUUCAUCCUAUGAUAUUUUAUCAAAAUAUUUAAAUAAACAACAAAGUCCAAGUGAAGAAAGUUUAUGGUGGUAUCAUCCGGUACAUCAGAAACGACGACGUAAACGUAAGCAUCAAUCUAAAACUCAUGUUGAAGAUGAUAAAUCUAACCAUCAUCAUCAUCAGCAGCAGCAUCAGCAUCAUCAUCAUUUUCAACACCAUCAUUAUCAUCAUCAAAAUCAUUAUGAUCAAUCAAUUACAAAACAUCAUCAACAAUUAGAUAAUUAUAUCAGUAAUAUAUCAGAACAAUCAAGAGAUUUGUCAAUCCCCAUGAUCACGAAAUAUGAUACUACUGAAUUCAACAAUAAUGGACUAACAAAUUCUGCAUUAUAUUCAGAUAAAGGAAUUGAUUCACAACAAAAUUUAUGUGAAUCUAUAGAGCAUAAUGAUUUAAAACCAAAUACCUUUGUAAUAAAUGAUCAUGAAAAAUCAUCAUCAUCGGCAUCUUCUUCAGUAUCAUCAACAGCAGUAAUACCAUUACAACAACAACAACAACAACAACAAUACCAUUCCAUAAAAUCUCAUCAUAAAAAUAUGAAUAAAUAUCCAUUCAUGAAUUCACAAUCAGAUUUAAGUUGGGAACAAGAAUUAUUAUGUUUAUCUCAUGAUCGUUUAGUUGCUUAUUUUGCUGAAAUGAAAGAAUCUAAUGCUUAAUGCUUACAAUUCUUCUAUCGUUUUAUCAACAACAAGAAAAAAGCAUAAUGACCUGUAAUAAUUCAAUGAUAUUCAUUAUGAUUUCAAUCUAUUUAAAGUAUAUUAUAUUUAGAUCAUGACUAUAUUAGAUAUCACUUUUAUUUCCAUUAUAUUUAUUCAAUUCAUGAUAGGUUAUCAAUAAUGAAUCAAUGUCAUUAUGUAAUAUGUAACCAUAGUAUUUCAUUACAAGCAUUAAUCAUUUAUAAAUACAUUGAAAUAUAUCUAUAUACAUAUACAUUAAUUUAUUAUUAUGGAUUCAUUACAAUUAUAUCAAUCACAAGUUUUCAUUGUUCUUCUUCUUUUUCUCCUUUUCUUCUUUUUCUUUUUCUCUUCAAAAAACUUCUUUCUUCUUAUUUUUUCUCUAUUUAUUUCAUGUAAUUUAAUUAUGAUUAAAUAUCUGAAAGCAAAAAAACAAAAUAGAUAAAUAGAAUUGAAUAAAACAAAUCGAUAUUCACUUAGCAACAAUAAGAACAACAAUGAGAAAAACCAAAAAAAGAAGAAAAUAUGUAUAUUGAAAAUUAAAUAUUUUAUUUUUAUUUUUAUUUUUUGCUUAGAGAACAUAGAAGAGAACCCAUUUAAAACAUGUAAUCCUAUUACGUAAUUCUUAUUAUUGAUAUGAUUAUUAUUAUUAUUAUUAUUAUUAUCAUUAUUACAUCAUUGAAAUAUUGAAAUGAACUAUAUACUCUACUACUCAUAUUUGAUGAUUGAUAAAAUAUAUACAUUUCUAUCUUCUACAUUGUCAUAGGGAUUACAUAGAAUUUUAUAUUUAUAAUAAUAUUUAAUAUUGAAUAGAUAUAAUGAAAUAAGAAAUGAUAUUUGGUUUGUUUUUGUCUGUGUGUGAUGGGAUGUGUGGAUGUGAGGCGGAGUUUUGAACUUUCAUAAACAUAAUGCCUUUAAAUUAAAUUGAAUCUGAUUUCAAUAGUGUAAUAAGUAAGGCAAUAAUAAUAAUAAUAAUAAUAAUAAUAAUAAUAAUAAUAAUAAUAAUAAUAAUCUUCAUCUUUCAAAGGAACAAAUGGUUUCUAAUCGAAUAGGUUUUCUUUUCUUUUUACAUAUAACUUUAAUAUGAUUGAAUAUUGAGCGCCUUGAUUAAAUCUUUUUUUUAAUUAUUACACAGUUACAUGUUGUUAAUUGGAAACUACUUUUUCUAUUUUUUUUUUUUGUAUUCCUUUUUAUUCCUCCUCUGUUCUCUUCUUCUUCUUCUUCUUCUUCGUCGUCUUCUACUUUUUGUUAUUAUUAUUAUUAAUCGUUUUAUUUUGUAAUCUAAUAUCAUCUAUUAUUAUGUAAUCUAAUUUCAAUGUGUUUCGUAAUCAUAAAGUGAUAAAUUGAUGACAUGGUGUUAAACAGUGAAAAAAAAGGCAAAAACAAACGAACAACACAAAAAUAGUAGUUCCUGUCAUCAGAAUUAAUGCAUCUUCUUCUUCUUCUUCUUCUUCUUUUGUUUUUAUUGUUGUUGUUUUCUAUUGGCUUAGAUACUAAUUUAUUAAGGGUGGGGGGGAUUAUGUUUAUUUUUUAAUAUUUCAUCUUCAUACUACUGAUUUCCAAAUCAUAUAAGUAGAUGAGAUUACUUUUUAAAAAAAUGUUCAAAAUGUUUUAUUCUAAUCAUUUUUUUUAAUUUCUACUAUAAAUUGAUAAAUAAUUUGUGAAAUAAUCAAAAGAAGCAUUUUACAAAACAAACAAACAGAUAAACAAUAUUUUGGUUGUGAUUACAAAAGAAGAAAACCACCCCCCAACAAAACUUAUCCAUUCUAUACAGAUAGAUACAUAUAUAUUUAUGUUUAUUUAUUUAUUUACCUAUUUAGGCUAUGAAUAGCCAUCCUAAUUCUUAUUCUUCUCUAUUAUAUAAUCAUUGAAUUGAGUAUGAUCAUAUAUAUAUUUUCUUUUCUUUUCCGGAUACCAAAUGAUUAUGAUCUUUUACUGAAAUCAAUGAAUUGACAUUGAACAAAAGCACAAAUACACACACACAUACACAGUCUAUGUCUUUACAUCUUGUAUACAGAUCUUUUGUUUAUUUAUUUAUCUUAGUGAUUAUUCUAUUGCAUUCACAUCUAUCUAUCUAUCUAUCUAUAUACAUAUUACAUAGAUUGGAUUAUUCUUUUUUUUGUGGGUGUAAGUAUGGGUUCAUGUUUAUUUUAUUGUUAUUGUUACAACAGUUAUUAUUAUUAUCGCUUUGGUUUUGCAUUUAUUUUUCCCAAUUUUUUUUUAAACCAUAGGCUUCAUUAUUAAGAUAGUGUUGUUGGUGAUGAUGAUGAUGAUGAUGAUGACGACGAUGAGAAUGAGAACAAGGAGGAGGAAGAGGAGGAGCAGGAGGAGGAUGACAGCUGGAUCCAUUCAUGAAAUUUAAGGUUAUUUUAUUUCUUAUGAAAAUAAUCUAUGUAUAAAUAAAUAUGCAUAAAUAUGAAAAUACAUUUUCU